AUGGAUUUCACCUUCCAAACCCUCUUCCACCAUCACAAGCCCGAUCCGAAUCGUUCUAUACCUUCCAUCACCAAACCCUCAGAGAGCUCUCCUUCACCUCAAUUCCAUAUUAACAACAACGCGCAAGUUAUCUUCUGUAUAAGACGAAAUAGAGCUUUCAUCACAACCCGAAGAAUCGCAUCGACUGAAGACGCGGAUCGAGUCCUUACCUUCACAAAACCGGAAGACAUGGCCGAGUUGUCGAGAUACUGCCAGCGGUUCGGGAAAGUCGCAUGUCAGGAACAGUUCGUCUUCUUGAAUGGACAAUAUGUUGGAGAACGGUUUUGA